UCCGGAACUAGUAGCUAAAUGCUAGUUCAGCUGUGAUUCCACUAGUCUCCAUUUUCCUCCGCGCGUUGUCAUUGAUAUUCCACUUGACAAAUGCCUUUAAUCUACUGGUUUGUUUAAUGCACGCUCCUACCUUGGGCGUGAGAUAAUCUUCAUUCUCUUUUUCAACCCUGGUUUAAUCGCUAUCACCUCCCGCUUCGCAUAAACAAAGAAAACAACUUUGUAAAAACAACCUGAAAAAUCCUCUCUUUAUCUAUGGCCAUUCUCAGAGAAUUCUUACAGAUUAGUCUUCUUCUCCUCUAAAUCUAGGGUAAUAAGUAUAUCUAAUCAGUGAUCACCCACUAAAACCAGCCUCGUAAUCAUCCACUUAAACCUCCAAAGCCACCGAGCUACGAGGCUUAAAGCCAAGAUUUACUCCUCCAAAUAUAGAAAUUAUUAUUAUUGUUAUCAAUUUUAUCCUCUUAUUUCAUUAUUCAUUCAUGGAUACUCCCAUAAUUGUAGACCCAAACCCAAACAGAGAAGCGAACCGAAAACUUGAUCAUCCCUCGACAAACUCUCACUCAUCAACUUUUCUCCUACACAACGGCUUCGGUUCAUCUCAGAUUUCAGACAUAGAGAUGAUCACCAUACAGUCAGUUUCUUACACGAGUUUGAAAGACUUGUUGCCCACAUCACCGCUGGCCAUCACUUCACCGACGCAUAAUUCGAGUUGGCAUGAGAUUCCCAUCAAGAAUCCGCUCGUCAAGCAUGCUGCGCUGGCUUAUCUGCAGCCCAUGUCGAGUCCGCCGGAGGUCGGAGAAAAGGGUUUGUUCGGGAGGCUUAAGGAAAGGUGUUGCGGUGAAUGUGGGUGCGUCUUGUGGCUACAUGAUGUGAUCUGGAGGAACGUCAAGGAGGCGUUUUGGGAGAGGAGAGAAGAGGUUCUUGAUGAUGAUGAUGAUUACUAUGACGAUUAUGAAGAGAAAGUUGACUGAAAACUGAGAUGGUAGCUCGCCUUUGUUUAGUCCUUUUUUCGCUCUCCAGAGGAGGUUGCGGUUUGACCGGUAGAUACUGGUUCAAUUUGUAAAUAGAGAUUCUUUUUCGGGUUUUUUCCUUUUUUCCUUGGGUUAGAGAAAUAAUUCUUUUGGCUCUUUGCAUGUGUAACUACAGAGAGAAAAUAUUAUUGAAA